AUGGUGUCCUUUGACGUGAUUUCAUUAUUCACGUCCAUCCCACCGGACCUGGCACUCGACGUUCUUCGCAAACGACUCGAAGAGAAUUACGACGAGACGAACAAACCCCUAAAAAUCGACCACUUACUGCAACUGUUUGCUUUCUGCCAACAAACCUUCUUCACCUUCAAUGGCAGAACAUACGAGCAGAUCAAAGGAACGCCGAUGGGUUCGCCAAUAUCCAGCCUGGUUGCAGAACUAGUCCUGCAGGAACUGGAAAAAGUCGCCUUCGACCACUAUGAACCUGCAUUUUGGCGCCGGUACGUGGACGACACGUUCGUCAUAAUUGAAAGGAGCAGACUGGCCGACUUCCAAGACCUGCUCAACGGCAUCUUCCCAGACAUUCAGUUCACAAGGGAAGAAGAGCAUGCCGAACAGCUGCCGUUCCUUGACGUUCUCGUCACACGCACACCCAACGGCAAACUCAACACCACGGUGUACAGAAAGGCGACUAACACGACUCAGAUUCUCAACUACCACAGUAACCACCCAAUGGCGCAUAAACGCAGCUGUGUUAGGACACUCUUCCAGAGGGUAAAAACGCACUGCAGUGAACCAGAGCGACGAGUACGAGAACUUCGGCAUCUUCGGGACCAACUGGCAAGGAAUGGAUACCCGAACAGCUUCGUCAGCCGCUGCCUCCGCACGCGCCCACGGCGAACAAACGGAGGAGAGCCGCCAACACUCUGGCACCCUCUGCCAUAUAUAAAGAACGUACCCGAAGCGAUGGAACGUAUCGCUGGAGAGCUCGGCGUGGGUAUCGCUCACCGUCCGACAGCGACCAUGCGCAGCAAAAUUAUGCAAGUGAAGGAUCGCCUAGACGUGGGUGAACAAUCGGGCGUCGUCUAUCAGAUCCCAUGUCGGGACUGCCCUCGCCACUACACUGGACAAACCGGACGACGACUUAGCUCACGAAUAACGGAGCACAAACGGGCGGUCCGGAGAGGCGACCUGUUGUCUCAGGUCGCCACUCACACCCUGGAGGAAGGCCACGAAUUCAACUUUGCGAGCACGCGGAUAGUGGCGCGGGCCAGCAAUAAGACAGGACGAGAACUGUUAGAGGCCUGGGUGUCUGACACCAACGCUAUCAACAGGCACGUUGACAUACCCCCCCUGCUAUCACGCGCUCCGUUCCCGCGGCCAAGGGGCGAGACCCAAUUUCCAGCCAAGGGUGCACGCAGUCACGCCACCGUGAGACGGCGUGGGACGCAAAUUAUCGCGAAUACCACCCUCUGCACUCAUAUCUCUCCCCCCCCCCUCAUGGCGUGA